AUGCUGGCGGCCAUAUGCGGUGUCGUUAGCACUGAAAUGGUCCCAUCAGUCAAGGAUUGUCUCAUCGCAAAAGGGCAGCCAUCAGAAGAGCGUAUUGACACAUCAUUGGACAGCCAUACGAAAAAUUUCAUUCAAUUACAGGAUACUGGGUCAAUAACAGCAGCAACGCACGUUAGUGAGCCAGCAGAUCGAAUCAAGUUAGAGGAAGGAAAAACUGUACGCAAUGUCGUCACGUUAAGCAAACCACCAAGGCCAAUCAUUCCGACGCGUAAAGCUAAAGCAACAUUCAUGAUGUUAGUUCGAAACGAGGAUCUGUAUGGAGCUCUGCGCACAGUUCAACAGAUUGAAGAUCGGUUUAACUAUCGGUAUGAAUAUCCAUAUGUGUUCUUGAAUGAUAAACCAUUUUCAGGUCAUUUCAAAGAGAAGAUGAGGAAGAUGUCCAAGGCCGAGAUGGUUUUUGCGCAGAUACCGCAUGAGCAUUGGAGUUAUCCAGCAUGGAUCUCACAGAAAAAAGCAGCGGAGACUAGGGAAAGAAUGAAGAAUGUUAUUUAUGGAUCCAGUGAGAGCUACCGGCAUAUGUGCAGGUUUCAGUCGGGCUUCGUUGCUCAACAUGAAGCUUUAUUGGCAUUCGAUUACUUUUGGCGAAUCGAGCCAGAUGUGAAGUAUUCGUGUGAUGUUGAUUUUGACCCAUUCUUGUACAUGCAUGACAAUAAUAAGAAAUACGCAUUCACAAUUUCUCUCUACGAGUACUCGGAGACAAUUCGUGGGUUAUGGAAUGCCACCAAAAUCUUUAUGGAAAGAAACCCUCAGUUCAUAGCUCGUAACAAUGCUCUAAGCCUAAUUUCUGAUGACAAGGGCGGGACUUAUAAUAACUGUCAUUUCUGGUCCAAUUUUGAGAUUGUAGACGCGCGUUGGAUGCGUAGUGAAGCAUUCCAAGCAUAUUUUGAUCACCUUGAUCACCAAGGUGGCUUCUUUUAUGAACGUUGGGGUGAUGCGCCGGUUCAUACGAUUGCCGCAGUGUUAUUACUGCCUAUUAACCAGAUUCAUUUCUUUCGAGAAAUUGGAUACUAUCAUGAGCCGUUUCACAAUUGCCCAGCAGAACCUCAUUUGCAGUUGAAGUGCCAUUGCGAUCCGGAAUUAAAUGCGAAUCUUGAGCGUUUUACAUGCACUAGCAAGUUUCUGGACCUGGCAGGAGAGGAAAGGAUAGUUUUUCCCGAGGAAGUAGAUGACUAG